CAAUCAACCAAGCCAUCAUUUCAACAAUAGCUACAAGUAUAAAGGAAGACAGCAAAAAACAUGGCUUCCAGGGCAGCCUACAACAUGAACGAGUUCUUGGAGGUCCUCUCCCUGAAAGAACAGCUCUUCUUUCACGAGCGGAAACGCCAGCAGCAACCGUCUGCCUCUCCGGCGGGCGGCGGCGCUCACGCCGCCUAUAGUCUGAGCGAAGCCUUAGAGGCAGUUGAUAUCCAGCAUCGCUUGGCCGCUAUCCAGAAAAUGGUGGAUGAACGGCAAUCUCCCUCUGUUUUUGAGUUCCUUGGUGAGCUUCUCCACACUGAACCUAAUCAACCCUCUACCGGUUAUGCCUCCUCUACUCCGGCGACUUUUUCCGGCGGAUCAGAAGAAGCUUCCACAGCCGCCGCCGCCGCAUAUGGAGGACGGGAACCCUUCGAAGAGACGGAGGGAAAUGGUUAUGGUCGUCCUUAUGGAAGAAAUGAGGGUAGAAUAUGGACCAGAGCAGCAUGAAGUUUGGAAGCCGAAAGAGCUUGGAAGCAAGGCCCGAUCAAUAUUCAAAUGGAUCAAAUCCACUGUUUAGUCAUACAGACUUAUUUUAUGUUUUUGUUUUUAUUAUUCUCAAUCAUCAUCAUCAUCUCUUCAUAUCUUGUAACAAGUCAAGGGUUUCUAUUUGAAUUUCUAUCUCGGUAUCAUUAGUGAUUAGUGUUCAGGUCCUUCAUGUCGGGUUUUCUGUUUUCAUAAUUGCUUUAAUUUUUUGAAAUUUCUUGAGGUUAAACAAUUAAUAAUGAUAAUGCAAUAUUGACUUACUUAUAAUGAAC